AUGACACAAAUGAUUGUAGACCAGGAUAGUGGGUUACACUACAUCAAAGGAAAAUUCCUUGGAAAGGGUGGCUUCGCUGAAUGUUAUGAAAUUAUAAACUGCAAAACCAACGAAACAGUUGCUGCAAAAAUUAUAUCAAAACACUUGCUGAUGAAAGAUGAUCUGAAAGAAAAGAUUUCUCAAGAAAUAGCAAUUCACAAGACCUUGGACCACAAGAAUAUUGUUAAAUUCCGUUAUUACUUUGAGGACGAUGAAAACAUUUAUAUUUUGUUGGAGCUCUGUGAAAACAAAUCUCUAGUUGAACUGCAAAAAGAAAAAAAACGCAUAACUGAGAGUCAAUGUCGUAUAAUCAUGAGACAAAUAGUUGAUGCCGUGAAAUACCUUCAUAAAAAUGGCAUCAUACACAGAGAUUUGAAACUAUCAAACGUUUUGCUUGGCGAAAAUUAUGAAGUUAAAGUAAGCGAUUUUGGCUUAGCAACUCUUGUGGACUUGGUCGGAGAUAAAAAACGAGCAAUAUGUGGCACUCCAAACUACAUAUCACCGGAAAUGUUGAGCAAAAAAGGACAUAGUUAUGAAGUAGAUGCGUGGUCUUUAGGAUGCAUAAUGUAUACAUUGUUGGUUGGUUCUCCGCCAUUUGAAACGUCAAGCAUUGAACAAACUUAUUCGAGAAUUGCACGUAACGCCUAUUGUUUGCCAACUGGUCUGUCAAGCAGUGCAAAGAAUUUGAUAACAAAUCUUUUAAAUCCGGACCCAUCAAAAAGAAUUAAAAUAAAAAAUAUUGAAAAGCAUGAAUUUUUCACGAACGGUAUAAUAGUUUUAUGCAUUUUUAGUGCGCUGACAACAAAACUCGAUAACAUUGAUGUUAAUGGAAAUUCAAUCGGCGUUACAGACGUCUUAAACCUAAAUAAAGAUUGGCGUCUUUUUGAUAGGUAUUUUAAAAAGUUAUCCUCGAUAGAAUCGGACCUUCACAGCGCCCUUACAUCAUCAUCUUCUUCAUCGCAACUCUCUUCACUUACACAAUUAUCGUCGUCAUCACUGCGUGCAUCAUUUUCACCUGAUGUCUAUUGCGUAGACAAAUGGGUUGAUUUUACUGAAAAAUAUGGCCUAUCGUACGAGCUAAAUAACAGUGUGGGUCUGUUAUUCAACGAUGACACGCGACUUAUUUUUCUAAAACAAACAAGAACGUUAGUAUACAUGGUAGACGGCAAAGAUGGCCAAACGACAACGAGAACCAUCUGCAACUUUGUACCAAAUGACCUCAAAAAGAAGUUUUUCAUUCUUCACUACUUCAUGCAGUAUAUGAGAAAACAUCUUUCCACAGCUGGCCUAUCAAAUAAAAGUGUAGAGAAAAAAGAAAUGAAGUCGUCAUCUUUAGUGUUUGUGAUCACCUGGUAUAGAUGCGAAUCGUCUAUUAUUUUUUUACUAAGCAACAACAGCUUCCAGAUCAAUUUUUUCUCCGACCAUAGCAAAUUAAUAAUUGACGGGAAAUCGUGGUGCUACUUACUCUUCCACGGACAAACAAAGGAAAUCGAAAUAUCGAAGCUCUCCUCAAAUAAGCUUGAUUGCCAGUCAGACUCCAGUAAUUUUUUAGCUCAUAAGAUAACAUACUGCAAAGUGUUGAUUAGUAAAAUAUGCUCCUUAGAUAAUUAUUAG